AUGGCGGUGAUUAAUUUCAGCGUGUAUUUGGUGCUUAUAUUUUAUCAGCUUUCAAUGGCUUAUAGUGACGAGACUUCCUCGGAAUCUGCAGAUCUUGGUCUGAUGGAUCCGAAGGCUGUGGGCGACGUGGAGGGGGUGCGAUGCUACUGCAACACGGCGCAGUGCGUGGGCACCGGGUACAUGUGCAGGUCGCGGCGGGGCGGCGGCUGCUACAGCGAGGUGCCGGCGCAGCGGCGGACGCACCACGCGCGGCACGGCUGCCUCCACCACUUGGCCGACACGGAGCAAGAGGCACUAUCUCGCUGUCAGAACAGUCCGUCCGCUGGCUUGCCGCCACCCGGUGAACACUCGCUGCUGCUCUGCUGCUUCAGAGACCUCUGCAACCACGAGGACAGUCCCCUGGCAAGAGCUAGAUUAAACAUGACGAAUGAUCUUGAUCCAAACGGUGUUGCGACGGAGCGCGGAGCGACGUACAACAGCGAAGUGUGGUUCAAGGCCGCCACCAUAGCGGUGCCGGUCUGCGGCGCCCUCAUACUGUUUCUGCUGGUGGCAGUGGCAGUGCGGCUGCUUAGAGCUGAUGCUCUGCUACACGCGGAUAGGAAAUUGAGAGGUGGAUACAUGUCUCCAGCUCAGCAUUGUUCGCAAGACGUAAAGAAAGUAUGGGUGGGGAACUCUUCUGCGCCUCUCUUAGUGACGUCGGGAGGUUGCCUCGUAGCUGUUGAAAGGGCUCAGUUAGUCGAUGUACCCCCUCCCACGCAACUCUGUGAUAUCCGGCGGUAA